AUGACAUCGAUAGCAGAAGCAGUAACAGCAACAAAAAUAAAAGCAACGGUAAUGAAGUGCCACGAUUGCAAUGCACCAUUUACAAGUGAAUUUGGAAAUUGUGCUAGUGGCAAUGAAUGUUUGGCAAAAGAUAUUAGUCAUAGCGACAAAGAUGAUCAAAAGAAAGACUGGUGGUGGUGUCGUGAUUGUAUGGCCACUGUAUGCAGGCUAAGGAUUAUUGCAGUGAAAAUUGUAAAGGAAAUGUCUGACGGUUCAAAAAAUAACCCAUCAUGA